UGUGCUAGUGGCAUUUUCUGUGCUUACUUUAUGUAUGAACUUAAAGGGGAGAUAAACGCACAGUUUCAGUGCUACAUUAGGUGUGUAAAUGACUAAAUACAUUGAGGUGCUUAUUUAUAUGGCAUUGUAUUGCAGGGUGGGGAAAGUUUUCAAAAAUAGGGAAAAUAUUAAACUGCCAGUAACCUUUCUGGAUUCCCAGGAUUGUCGUUGCCUCCUUUCAGAUAAAGCCUCACUACAAACCAUAAACCAAAAAUGUCUCCAGAAUCCAGAAAACUGCUGAAUAUUAUCAUAUUGGGCAUAGGCUUCAUGUUUAUGUUCACAGCCUUUCAGACAAGCGGUAACGUGGCGCAAACUGUCAUCUCCAGCUUGAACAGCACCAGUUUCCAUGGAAGCGGUUAUACAAGCUUGGCCAUUAUAUACAGUGUUUUCUCUGCUUCCAAUCUCAUUGCACCUUCUAUCGUUGCUGUGAUUGGGUGUCAGAUGUCCAUGUUCCUAAGUGGUCUUUUGUACAGCGCCUACAUUGCUAUGUUUAUUCAGCCCUAUACCUGGUCUUUUUACACAUUGUCCGUUUUGAUUGGAAUUGCAGCUGCCGUUCUCUGGACAGCUCAAGGAUCCUGCCUCACUAUUAAUUCUGAUGACACGACUAUUGGAAAGCAUAGUGGCAUAUUCUGGGCUCUCUUACAGUUCAGCAUGUUGUUUGGAAACCUCUUCAUCUACCUGGCAUGGAAAGGAGAGAUAAACAUUUCUGAUUCUGAUCGUAGGACAGUGUUCAUAGCUCUAACGGUGAUCAGCCUGGUGGGGUCAGUGCUGUUCUUUCUGAUCAGAACCCCGGAAUCCGAUGACGCACAAGAAGAUGAUAUCUCUAAUUCUGCAGCUGAUGCAGAGGGCACCAUGUCUGCGCAAAGCUGUUUCGCUAAAGCCAUCGAUGCUUUUAAGAGGUCCCUGAAGUUGUCCAUUACCAAAGAGAUGCUGCUUUUAAGCAUACUGGUGGCCUACACAGGCUUGGAGCUCACAUUUUAUUCUGGUGUGUAUGGAACUUGCAUAGGCUCCAUGAAAGUUUUUGAGGCUGACGCCAAGAGCCUGAUUGGACUCUCUGGAAUAUUUGUCGGCCUGGGAGAAGUGUUGGGCGGGGGACUCUUUGGAUUGCUUGGAAAGUACAAUUACUUUGGUCGUAAUCCUGUGGUCAUCCUAGGAGUGGUGGUUCACUUUCUGGCUUUCUACAUGAUAUACCUCUACAUGCCUAGUGAUGCCCCCAUUGCUUCUCGAGAGGGGACUUACCUCCGGGCAUUCAUAAAUCCCAGCAAAACCAUAGCUCUGGCCUGCAGUUUUCUGCUGGGAUUGGGCGACAGCUGCUACAACACUCAGAUGCUGAGCAUUCUGGGAUCACUCUACCCCGAUAACAGCGCCCCGGCCUUUGCCGUCUUCAAGUUUGUGCAGUCCGUCAGCGCGGCCGUGGCCUUCUUCUACAGCAACUACCUCCUCCUGCACUGGCAGCUUUUAAUCCUGGUAAUAUUCGGCUUCUUUGGCACCAUCUCUUUUUUCUUUGUUGAAUGGGGACUGACACGGAGAUCCCAGUAUAACAGCAUGUAAUGCUAACCGUGGCACGCCUGCCUGCCAUCCAUAGCAACUCGUUCUGUGCCACUUGCAGGGCAAAUCCCUGGCAUUAAGCUGUGACAUUUUUAUAUGCGGCACCCUUAAUACACCACAGUCGUGCAGUGCAAGUGUGACAGCUGCUGAAGCUGAAGACCUGCAAAGAUGGCAGCCGCCUAUACACCUGUCAACACUGCUACCAACUAGAUAAGGACAAUUAUGAUUAGGGUUAUUAUUAAAGUCUGGCUGGGCACAACAGUAUUUAAAGGGACGCAGUUAGUGUGUGGGUGUAGCCGCAUUGUUCUUUUUAUUGUUUUAAAUCUGUUUUUGUCCAGAAAGGGAAGAAUUUUAUCAAGCACCGCCAUUGCACACUUUCUUUCAUACACACCGGGCCCUAAGGCCGUUACUUACAGCUCCAUUCCAGGCCUAAAAUUGAUUCUGGUGCCAAAGAAGCGUCCAGUUCUACAAAACACUCCAGUUGCCAGUGAUUCUCGGCAGCAUUCCCAAGUGCUUGAUAAGGCGUCCCCUGGAUUAUUGCUGACUUUGUUACUCUCAGGGCUGUGUAGGAACCAGUGCUUAGUUUUGUUUUAGAAUUUUAUUUUAUGUUUCGUUGUGCCAGUGGGCAAUGCCCCCAUUCACUGACGAGCCAGAAUAUGUGCCAACAGAGGGCAUCAUGGCUGCUGCUCUGAAGACAGGGUUAUUAUAGUUUUAGCAGUUGUAUAUAAUAGGUAUAGCCACGGUUAUGGUGACUUCCAAUAACCAAAUUAUGUUUCUAGAGACAAUUCCCUUUACUCUUGUUUUGUUUUAGAAUUUUCUUUUAUGAACAUUUAUCAUCUUUUCAAACCUCCUGCUGCUAAGGGGGUAAAAUCAGUACUUGACAAAAUGAAAUUGAUACCGGCUCCUGUUUACUUCAUUGAGCCCCUCACUAUAUUCCACUACUUUAGGCAGUUAAAGAAAAAUGUACCAGCUAUGCGGAUAUAGCAUGUGUUUCUCUGGAAGAGACAGCCUCUUUGCCUCAGAGGAAGGAAGCCUUCCUUAGAAAGAGAACUUUGUUAAUAAAACAAUAUAUAUAUAUAUAUAUAUAUAUAUAUA